ACCAAUGUCUUUCAUUGUCGAUUGAACGUCGUCCGACACAGUUAAAUAAUGUCCCCGCUAUAUUUUGUGCUAUUCGCAACUUUGCUAGCAAGAGUUGCCUAUACUUCGGAGCUAAGUAGAGUGAAGCGACAAGUCCCUGGCGGUGUAGUAUUGCAAGACCCUAAUGACCCAAAAUACAAGGAAUUGGCGCAAGAAUCGUUUGAAAAGUACCGCGUGACUAACCCAGGCGGCCAAAUAGAUGUCAAAGACCUCAAAGUAACCAGAGUGACCAGACAAGUUGUUGCUGGUUACAAGACAAUUAUUGAUUUCACUGUAACCCCUACUAAUGGUGAAGUUAUUACGUGUCAUUCUGUGAUUGUAGAACAGGCGUGGUUAAAAAAGAAAGAUAUUGACGUAGAUUGCAAUAUUAAUCAACCAAACAGUAGUAUUGAUGGUGAUCUAGAAGAAAAAGAUCCUGAUGAUGAACAACAAACGUGUGAUUUGGAUGAUCAGUGCCUUGCAACAAAUGGCAUGCGAUUGGAGAUAACUGCUGGCCACAAACUAUAUAGAGAUACUACGCUGGCUAAGAACGGGAUAAAAAAGCAAAGCAGAAUGAACCUACCAGGGGGUCAAGCAGAAAAAGACCCAAAUGACCCAAAGUACAUGCAAUUGGCUCAAGAGUCAUUUACCAAAUAUUGUGAGACAAAUCCAGGUGGACCAAUUGAUGUGAAAGAAAUCAAAGUCACCAAAGUAACUCAUCAGGUAGUUGCUGGUUCCAUGACACGGAUUACAUUCACGGUAGAACCUGCCAAUGGUGAUAUAUUUACGUGCUAUGCUAAAAUUUGGGAACAGCCGUGGCUUAAUAAGAAGGAAAUUGAAGUAAAAUGUGAACCAGACGACUACAAACUUGUGUACGUCCUCACAGCGCAUUCGCUAGGUCUGGGCGCGGGCGCACAAUGGCUUAGGUACUAUAGUUUUAUAGACAUUUUCGCAAUGACCCCUGUGCACUGCACACUACUUGCUUUACUAGUUAUAAUUGUGCUGGCGAGCGUCGACGCCCAUCUUUUUGCGUCGAGCGCAAUAAGUAGAGUGAAGCGUCAAAUAGCUGGCACUCCAGAGAUUCAAGACCCGAUGAGUCCAAAAUACAAGAAAUUGGGACAAGAAUCGUUUGAGAAAUACCGACAGACCCACUCUGCCGGUCAAAUAAUUGUCAAGGAUAUCAUAGUUACAAAUGCAACUAGACAGAUGGUGGCUGGAGAUAGGUAUCGUCUUACAUUCAACGUUUUCCCUAACUAUGGUGAUGAGCUUAACUGCUAUUCUGAAGUUUAUGAAAAAUUUGAUCAUCAAAAGGAAUUUACUGUAAAUUGUGAAAAUGUUACAACACAGAGUAGAAUGAAACGAGAUAACCUGCUUAGACGUAAAAACCCUUGGGCCCUCUACCCUUGGCGCACUGGUAUGUUUAGGAACCCAAACGACACUGUCUAUAUGAAGUUAGCGGAGGAAUCGUUUGCGAAGUACCUUACAAUUCACCCUGAGAGUCAAAGUCUUGCUACAGACAUGAAUCGAAUCAUUGUAACUAAAGCACAUUAUCUGCCUGGCGGGCCCAAGAGGAUUAUUGAUUUCGUUGUAUUUUUUAACACUGCGUACCCAAAAAAGUGCCAUUCUGAGGUUCUUGAACAUCAUCGGGCCAAUACAAAAGAUAUUACUUUAAAUUGUAAUGAUUUACUGACAAUUGUAUAUCCUUCAGAAUGUGGUAGAAGAGAAGAAACAUACUUGGUAGACAUUUCAAUACUCAUAAUGACUCCCGUGUACUUUGUGCUAGUUGUAACAUUUGUAACUGUGCUGGUGAGCAUCGACGCCCAUUCUUUUGUAAGAGAGGCGUCGAGCGCGAUAACACAGCAUAGUAGAAUGAAGCGUCAACUAGUUGGCGCUCCAGAGAUACAAGACCCCACUAAACCGGAAUACAAGAAAUUGGCCCAAGAAUCGUUUGAGAAGUACCGAGCGACUCACUCUGCCGGUCAAAUCAUUGUUAAGGAUAUCAUAGUUACAAAAGCUACUCGACAGUUGGUGAGCGGAUACAUGCACCGUCUUACAUUCAUCGUGUUCCCUAACUAUGGUAAUGAACUUAAGUGUUAUUCUGAAGUUUAUGAAGAGUUUCAAAAUAAGAAGUUUACUGUAACUUCAGUGUAUUGUGAUAAUGUUUAACAACAGAUUAAAAUUUAACAACAUAACCUGCUUGGCGGUAGAGAGCCUUGGGUGAUUUCCUGACAAUUGUAUAGUCGCCAUCAGAUAUAUCGGAGCGGCCGAGGUGCUCAAAAAUAUCUGGCCACGCACUCUAACGCCUUGACAAUAAAGUCAAAGUCAAAGUCAAAAUAUUCUUUAUUCAAAUAGGCCUAGCAACAAGCACUUUUAAAUCGUCAAAAGCCGCCGAGAAAUAGAGCCGUGUUCAGAUAUUUGUGAGCACCUUGGCCGCUCUGAUAUAUCUGAUGGCGACUGUACCACAUGACAUUUGGUAGUAUACGUCCUUCCAGCAAAUAACUAAUAAAAAUUGAUAGUGUUUA